AUGCAAGAACAUCAGAUGGACAUGUUAUCUAUCUUACAGAGAAAACUGACACUAGAAAUCAUUAAGUCAGAGAAUUUCUACAAGAAAUCUGCUGGUUCACAGCAACAGGCUGGGCCAGGGGCAGGAACAAGCUGUCCAGAAAGCUUGAUUUCUAGAAUCAUGAUUGUUGAGGCACAAGAGAAUGAGAAUGUUUAUGACCCAGUCUUAGAAAGCAUGAGUAGUCUGCUCUGUAAGCUUCAGAACAGGAAUGUCUGA